AAACAACACGUUAUGGCAAAGAGCCAACCGUGACUCAGCAGACGUCAUUUUCGUCAUGGGAACGGAGAGAACAUUGAUACCCAAAACAGAAAUGACUUCACUCUAUUGAUCUAUAUCUUUUCGUUCCUUCUUUAUGUUUCAGGUAAUAGCUCUGUCUACAAAAAAAGAGGUCUACACUACGUAUACGAACAGUGCAGUGCAAUAGUUCUGUUAACAUUCAGUCUACUCUACUACUUGUACAUGGCGGAUCAGACGUCUGUCGAUCAACCCGGAAGGGGACUGACUGAAAUCCCGGACAAUGUUCUCUCUCUGACUUCAGUGGAAAUGAUCAACCUACGUCACAACAAAGUCAAGGCGUUGCCACCGCACUUUGGACUUUGCUUCCAGGCGUCUUUGAAGCGACUGUGGCUCUGGUGCAACCAGUUUACAGAAUUUCCCGAGGUCGUGUUGCACCUGUCCAACCUAGAAAUUCUUGACUUGAGAGAGAACUUCAUUCGUGAGCUACCUCCGAAUAUUUCUACGCUCCAAAAGUUGCAGAAGCUCUGGCUAUGUGAGAACAGGUUAGAGUCACUACCCGACAGUAUUUGUGACAUGGAAAAUCUGACAGAUUUCAUGGCUCAUCGCAAUAAGCUCAGAACUCUGCCGUUCGGUUUUGGUCGUCUGAAACUGGAGAACCUAAAUCUACGCGAAAACCCUCUCAUACAACCGCCGUUAGAAGUGUGCAAUAAAGGUAUGAGUGCGAUUGCCGCCUACCAGAGAGAGAUAGAGGAAGCUAAAGUGACAGUCUCCGUGCCCCCUCGUCUGAAGAUCGUCGUGCUUGGGAAUCUUAUGGCGGGAAAGACGAGCCUAGUCUCGGCUCUAACGAGAGCGGUGUCCCGUUUGGCAAAGGAGGAAGCAAGAACACACUGCAUGGAGGUAAAGGAGUGGACUGUGCGUGAGUCAGAACUCAGUCCGCUCACUGGAACAACCGACAACACCUCUCUGCAAGGGUUUGUGUUCGAUGUUUAUGACGUAGGUGGACACGACACGUACCACACGGUCCUGCCCUUCUUCGUGGCGGCGCAUGCGCUGCAGCUGUUGAUAGUGGACCUGAGCGAGUACCGGACGGAGGACUUUGAGAGCGCCGUGGGCUACUGGAUACGGACUGUCAGUGCGCGUGCGCCGAGGGCAACCGUCUGUGUGGUGGGGACGAAGACUGACAAGCUGGAGUCUCAGGAACAGGUCGACAUGAUGUACAAUAAGCUAAAACGCGACAUCGACCAAAUGAUGGAAGCCGAGCACUCUCAGCUAAGACAGGAGAUAGCACAUCUUGAGAAGGUCCUGGAGGAACCGUUCGACGACAACUCAACGACUGACGACAUUCUCUCGGACGCCAAGCGCAGCUCAGUCCGCGACAGGUUGGUCCUUCUGCGGCAAAUGGUGGAUCAGCAACCAAACAUCGUCCUACAGAACACCGUGAGUUCCUCCGACCAGCUCACGGGAAUCGCACAACUCAAGAAAACUAUUCUAUCCCUCGCUACCAACCAGGAACUCUUUCCUAACGUCAGAACUUCGAUCCCCAAAUCUUGGUCUCUACUUCUGGGACUUUUCGAGUCAGCGAGGGCAAACAACGGUAGCGACUCUGACAGCGCUGUACCGAGAAUCUGUCUUCCCUUCGACCAGGUGAGAGAGAUGGGUAAAUCCGUCUGCGUCAGCGGAGAAAACCUCAACUCGGCUCUGUCGUAUCUACACGAAACCGGCCAAAUUCUUCACUACAAGGACAGCCCGUCACUACAAAAGCUCGUCUUUCACAGCCCGACAGCGCUGGUCCAAGUCCUCCGUGCUGUCCAGCACCAUGACGUGGCACAACUCUUCGACCCGGCGCACUCUGGGUUCGACUACCUGUCCAACUCUGGUCUGCAGAAAGCGCGGGAAAACCUGGACAAGCACGGGCUGGUCAGGACUAAGGAAUUAAAGGUGAUGCUGAGAGGCCAAGUGCGUACCGAGGCAGAGGUGCACGCCGUGCUGUCCCUAGUGGAGAAGUUCGGGCUGUGCCACCGGCUGGGAACGGAGGAAAUGUCUGACAGUAUAGACCGCCCGACAGAGUGGUACCGAUUUCCCCGGCCUUCCACUUGGGUAGACUACAACACCUGGUCUGAGGACGUGCCGGAAGGUGUGGAGGAACUACAGAUCGGCUGCCGUGUGCUCGGGUCCUUCCCCACAGGCUUGUUCCAGAGGCUGUGCAGUAACGCGCACAAGUUCCUGCAGUACAGGUACAUGGACACGGCUUUGUACCCUGUCUUAGAAAUAACAACUUGA